AUGGCCACUGCUCAGCUCUCUCAUUCUAUCAGAAUUCACAAGGCACCUAAGGAAGCAGUUUUCCCAUGUCAAAUAACUAAUGAGCAUGAGUCAUUGAUAAUGGUGAAGAAACUUUUUGCUACUUCUAUCUCAUGUGUAACAUAUCUAAGGGGCCUGUUUCCAGAGAGCUCUUACGAAGAAGGCCAUUUGGAUGACCUCAGUUUAAAAAUCCUCCGAGAAGAUAAAAAAUGUCCUGGGUCACUGCAUAUUAUCAGGUGGAUUCGAGGUUGUUUUGAUGCUUUGGAAAAGAGAUACCUACACAUGGCAGUACUUACACUUUACACAAAUCCGAAGGAACCUGAGAAAGUGACUGAGAUAUACCAGUUCAAAUUCAAAUACACAAAAGAAGGAGCCACUAUGGAUUUUGACAGCAGUAGCACAACCUUCGAAAGUGGGACAAACAGUGAAGAUGUUAAGAAAGCCAGUGUUCUACUGAUGCGUAAAUUGUACAUACUGAUGCAGAACCUUGGACCCCUUCCUAACGAUGUUAUAAUUACUAUGAAACUCCACUACUAUAACGCAGUGACCCCACAUAAUUACCAUCCCCCUGGUUUUAAAGAAGGGGUAAACUCACACUUCCUGCUGUUUGAUGGGGAGCCUGUAAACCUGCAAGCGGGAUUGGUCUCCACUGGCUUUCAUAGCAUGAAAUUAAAAGUCACAACUGAGGCCACCAGAGUGUCUGAUUUGGAGAACAGAGUUUUUCAGGAGAGCAGCACUACAGAGAUCGCCCAUCAGGGUCUAGACUGUGAUGAAGAGGAAGAGGAAUGCAACAAUCACAUUCAAAGAAUGAAUUUUGUGUACAGUCAGCAAAGUUCUGAGAGCUCCAGGAAGAAGAGGAAGGUCAGCCAACCAGUGAAAGUCUUCAUCCCUGACAGAAAAUGA